CGUGUCCGGGGCAGCGCCGGCCCCCGCGGCUGCCUCUGCCUGCGGGGCUCGGGCAGCGCCUGCCCGGGGCUCCUGGGGCCAGGGCAGGGCCUGCGCCCCUCUCAGCCUCCUGCUCACAGACCCUGGCUCGCUCAGAGGACACGCAGCGUUCCCUCCCUGUUUCCCCCACAGCCCUUGCUGCUGUUCCUGGCUUCCCCUGAGUCUCUGCUGUGUUGCCCCUUGGGCCCCAGGCACCUUCUCAGCAGCUGGUGGAGUGAAAGACUGAAUUGACUUGGAGACCAUUUUCUCUUAUGUACAAUGAUAAAGGAAAAAUCUCUCUGCUUUGAGGCCUGUUUCUAAGAAAGUAAAGGCAUCUGUUUUUCACCACACAUUGAUAAUUUAUACCAGUCCAUUCAACAAAACAUGAAGACUAAAACCAAAGGGAAGAAACAAAGGCAAACUGUUGACAAAGAAGCAUUUUCCGAAGAGCCAGCCAUGAGAAAAAAGGAACUGGUGAAAUGCUUGCGACGCAAAGAAAGGAGGAGUGGGGCAAAUAAAGAGAGCAGCAAGAUCCCCACAGCCAGAGCCAAGCGUCCUUGGAGCAGUAAGGACAGGCUGUUGAGGAGGCUGGAAAGCAACGAGCGCGAGAGGCAGAGAAUGCACAAGCUCAACAACGCCUUCCAGGCCUUGCGGGAGGUGAUCCCUCACGUGAGAGCCGAGAACAAACUUUCCAAAAUAGAGACUCUCACGCUGGCCAAAAAUUACAUUAAAUCCUUGACCUCCAUUAUACUCAAUAUGUCCAAUGGACACUUUCCAGCAGUGGAAGGGAUGGGAGGAACCUGGGGAUCCAAAUUGUACCAGCAUUAUCAGCAGCAGCAUGGGGAGGAUGACCAGGAGGAACAUCUACAGAAAUAUUCCACAUAGAUUGAUAACUUCAGCCAAAACACUGACUGCCAGCUCCUACUGUCAUUAUUUUUCCUUCUUACAUCAUAAUGUGUCAUAACCUAGAGGUUUCAAGAGAUUAUUUUUGCCUCCAGUCUCUCCUUUUUUUUUCUUAAAAAGACAAACAGGUAACACUCAUGGCUACUGUUUUUAUAUGGCACGUUAAAAAAUUAUCUUAAACCCUCAGAAUUUUUCAGAGUAUAAUGAAUGUAUUUGUGUGGUGUGCCAGGGUCUGGAAACCUAUCCUGUAACACUGGAGUUGACUUGAAAAUAGUGAUUUAAUAACUUCUGAAAAUUAACCUACUUGGAGUAGAGUGAGUUGAGUCUUUAAGGUCUGUGUCACCCUAGUUCCUUGGAGGUUGUUGAGAAUCUUGGCUGCAGCUCUGUUCACCAGCCUUUCAAUGACUCAUCUGUGUUAAAGAGAAGAUUAAAAUUGACAGAAUUUGACUGACUUGGUGACUGAAGUGGCACAUAUGGGAAAUUGGUCACCAAAUCUGAAUAUUUAUAUUGAUAUUUAACCUCUGUGGAUCUGCCCUGGUAAUUUUGACCCUUGCAAGGCAUAAAAACAUCUUUUGAUGCAAACAUCUGCAAAGCUUUCUUAGAUUGUAAGCUCUCUAGAGUAAGGACAGUUCUGAUCUGUGUUUCCAGAGCAUCUGGCCUCAUGGAGAUUUUCUUUAGUGGGUGUCUGGGUGCCCCUGUAUUACAAAUAAUAAAUAAGGGACAAAUUAUUUAAUUUUUGCCAAGACAAUGAUAAAAAUGCUUUAGUAUAGUUUUAAGUUAGACAAUGCACUGGCCAGUUUAAAUUACUUGCUAAUGAAGCCUGUGAUGUGAUCAGGUUCUUUCUGGGUUAGUGUUAGAUUCUGAUACUAUAAAACAAUAAAUGAAGCAGAAACUCUUCAAAAAGGAAAA